AUGAGUAAUUUCAUAAAGAAAGCUGAAGAGGUCUUGACGGGUCAUCAUAAAGAUUCGACCCAGACCUCAAACCACGGACCCCACAACUCCAAGCUAGCGAACAAGCUUGACCCUCGAGUCGAUAGCGACCAUGACAACCGUGCCCGUCACGAGGCCAUGGGAGGCGCCGCUGGCCCGCAUAGCUCCAACGUCGCCAAUAAAGUUGACCCUCGAAUCGAUAGUGACAGAGACAACCGCGCUGCUCAAUUCAAUAGCUCCGGUGGUCAUCAGACUGGGACAACUGGGGCCCACAACUCCAAUGUCGCCAACAAGCUCGACCCCCGAGUUGGUCCCGGUGCGGACAACCUUGCUCAAACCCACGGCCAAUCCCACGGCCGUGUAGGCGGUGCCUACGAGACAACUGGUGCCUCAUCCACUAUCGCCCAUCCAGGCCCACACAGUUCCAACCUAGCCAACAAGCUAGACCCUCGCGUCGACUCUGAACUUGACAACGCAGCUGGUCAUCAAGCUGCUACUGGCAGUAACUACGGCAACACAACUGGAGCUCACGGCGGAGUUUUUGACUCCCGAGCUGGUCCCGGUGCGGACAAUCUUGCUCAACCCCACGGCCGUGUAGGCGGUGCCUACGAACCAACUGGUGUCUCAUCGACCACCACCAAUGCAGGACCACACAGUUCCAACUUAGCCAACAAGCUAGACCCUCGCGUCGACUCUGAACUUGGCAACGCAGCUGGUCAUCAAGCUGCUCCUGGCAGUAACUAUAGCCACACAACUGGAGCUCACGGCGGAGUUUUUGACUCCCGAGCUGGUCCCGGUGCGGACAAUCUUGCUCAACCCCACGGCCGUGUAGGCGGUGCCUACGAACCAACUGGUGUCUCAUCAACCUCCACCAAUGCAGGACCACACAGUUCCAACCUGGCCAACAAGCUAGACCCUCGUGUUGACUCUGAUCUUGACAACCGAGCCCGUCAUCAAGCUAUUGCUGGUAGUAGCUAUGGGAACCCUCUGGCUGGUGCGACUGCAGGCCCUCAUGCCUCAAAUACAGCCAAUAAGCUUGAUCCCCGCGUGGACUCUGACCUCGACAAUCGAAACGCUGGUGUGCAGCGCAUUGUUUAG